GCAGCGUCUUAUUAAUCUGUGCAGAAUUCCCAUCCCAAAUUGUUCAGACUGUCAGACUCUCCGCAUUCUUCUUAUUCUUCACGAUCCCCAAACCACCAACCACCACCCGCCAGGAGAACGAAGCAAGGGCGGUAUCAGUCAUCCGGGCGCAAUCAAGCACAAUUGAUAUCCUGCCUCGUACCUCCACCCCAAGAAAUUCAAGAGCCAACUGAUCAAAAACGACAUAUACCAAGGGACCACAAACGAAACCAUGGAGGCGCUGCUGAACCAGUCACGCUCGCUCUGCCCUUUCCUGCAGCGGACUUCCCCCGCUGCCCUCCGUGCCCUCUCGACCCCAGCCAGGCAACCCAAUGCCGGCCCCAGUCCCAGGGGAGGCACCAUUUCCAACCUGCAGGUCAUUGCCCGCCGAUGCCCCAUCAUGAGCAAGGCGCUUGCCGUCCAGAGUGCUCGCAUGGCUACUCCCAGGGCAUUCAGCACCUUUGCCGGUGGUGUCUCUGGGGGCGGCGCGAAGGGCGUCAAGGGAAUGCGUGCCCCUGGUGCUGGCAAGAGGAGGUUCCAUACCUCUGCGAGUAAGGAGGCGGCGAUUGGGCAGGGUGCUGCUGUUAGGAAGCAUGAGAAUGUUCAUCCGCCACUUUCCGAGGUUCAAGCCGGGAAGCCUGCUAUGGCAGAAACAAUGACUGUUUUCCCAGGCCCCAAGCCGGAGGCCCCCUCGAUCAGCAAAUUUGACUAUGAGGGGUUCUAUAAUAACGAGCUUGAAAAGAAGCAUAAGGAUAAGUCCUAUCGCUAUUUCAAUAAUAUCAAUCGGCUUGCCCAAAAUUUCCCGCGUGCGCACAUGUCCGAUGCGCACGAACAGGUGACCGUGUGGUGCGCCAACGACUACCUCGGCAUGGGACGGAAUCCGAAGGUUCUUCGAACUAUGCACGAAACCCUCGAUAACUACGGGGCUGGUGCUGGAGGUACUCGUAAUAUUUCAGGCCACAAUCAACAUGCUGUUGGGCUGGAGGAGGCUCUUGCCAAGCUACAUGGCAAAGAUGCUGCGCUGGUGUUUAGUUCCUGCUUUGUUGCCAACGAUGCCACUUUGGCCACGCUGGGAAGUAAACUUCCUGACUGCGUGAUAUUGUCAGACAGUUUGAAUCAUGCAUCGAUGAUUCAGGGAAUACGCCACUCCGGUGCGAAGAAGAUGGUCUUCAAGCACAACGACUUACAAGAUCUGGAGCAGAAACUGGCCUCUUUGCCCCUGUCUAUCCCCAAGAUCAUCGCCUUUGAGUCGGUCUAUAGUAUGUGUGGAUCUGUAGCUCCGAUUGAAAAAAUCUGUGACCUGGCGGAUAAAUAUGGCGCUAUCACUUUUCUCGAUGAAGUCCAUGCUGUCGGCAUGUACGGACCACACGGUGCCGGCGUUGCCGAGCAUCUCGAUUUUGACACUUACGCAUCUCUGGAUACGAGCAAUCCUAUGAGUACUAGAGGAACGAUUAUGGACCGAAUUGACAUUAUAACCGGCACACUCGGAAAAGCCUACGGCUGCGUUGGUGGUUACAUCGCCGGCUCCGCCUCCUUCGUCGACACCAUCCGGUCCCUUGCCCCAGGGUUCAUCUUCACAACAUCUCUCCCACCCGCCACCAUGGCCGGCGCUACGACCGCCAUCAAAUACCAGUCCUCAUACGGCCGCGACCGUACCCUCCAACAACUCCACACCCGCGCGGUCAAAGCCGAAUUGACAGCAAACGAUAUCCCCGUCAUCCCGAACCCAUCGCACAUCGUUCCCAUCCUCGUCGGAGACGCAGAGGUCGCAAGACAAGCGUCCGACAUGCUCCUCAGAGACCACGGUAUCUACGUCCAGGCCAUCAACUACCCCACCGUCCCCAGGGGCGAGGAGCGGCUGCGCGUCACGCCGACCCCAGGCCACAUCAAACCAUACCGUGACGAGCUCGUCCAAGCCCUGCGGUGCGUCUGGGAACGCCUUGGCAUCCGCAAGACGAGUGAUUGGAAAGCGGCUGGCGGCUUCUUGGGCGUUGGAGUUGAAGACAGUGCGGAGAAUCGCCCGCUCUGGAGUGACGCGCAGCUCGGGCUUAGUGCAGGCGAGGACGUGGAACAGGCGCUUGAGCGCGAGUUUAGAGCUGAGGCGUUGCAUAGGGAGCAGAUGAUGCUGGAGAUGCAGCAGGCUGAUUUGAAGGCGCAUGUUCAUGUGAAUAAUACUGGAUCUGCUGCUGCCACACCUGUCGGCGUUGCUGCGUAAGCAAGUAAUGGAGGAAAUCGAGAGCUUUCCGUUUUAUUUUCUUUCCCUACUUCCCAAAAGCAUGUCACCUCCCCUCUUGCUGGUAGCAUCUUAUCUUAUCUUUCCUUUUGCAGUCCUGGCUCAAAGGCCUUUCUCCCGGCCUAUCCUUCAGUCCUUACCUUAAAUACAACGUUUUCCCCACCCCCCAAUGGUUGUUGGUGGUGGCUAUUUUGUGACUUUGAUGAAUCGAAAGGUCGAGGAUAUAUAUUUCGAACUCUCGUUUUUGCACAUAGAAUCUAUUUUGUGUGUGUACGUACAUGUACCUAUUGGCUAUAUUGACUAUCUUGGCUAUGCCUAUUCAUACGACCGCCAUAUUUUGGUCUUGUGGCACGGAAUGGAUAUUCAUUGACUUCAUUUUUUUGGUUAUAUUCUUUUACGGGUAUUCAAAACUGUCACCCCUUGGGGCUAUGCUGGGACUCGUUUGCCCGGUAUAUGCGUAUGCUUAGAUGAGGUUGGAGUUUUAUUUUUUACCCUCCUCUUAAUGCGCACAUGACAUUUUUAAAUUUCCUUUUAGGUUAUAUGUAGCUGGUCGGCUACAACCAUGCCAGGGUGGGCUAUCUAUCUAUCCCAUCAUCCCCCUUAAUGGAAUUAUCUCUUUCGAUUCAAAUCUGCUUUUACUGUACUUCACACUCUCAUAUUUGUGGCUCUCUUUUGAUGGAUGGAUGUAGAAAUUUUAGUUAUUUGUAUAUUCUUUUUAUUGAGAUCUAGAACGAGUUAAGAGAUGGUAAGGAGAUUAUACGUAUCCCCCUCCAAAUGCAAGGAGAGGAAAAUUAAAAAGAAAAGAAAAGAAAAGAAAAGAUAAAAGAAAAACAGGCAUCACAGAAUACGCAGCCCGACUAACUAUCCAUUCAAACCACAAGAAGUUCUGAAUGAAUACAGAACAAAGUCCCCUCCCUCCCCUUUCUCCCCCCCUAAAAAAAACAAAAAAAUAAAGAAAAAAGCCCUUCCCACCAAAACCUCACCUCCUCCCCCCCCUACUAACCUUCGGAAACUCCACCGGAACCCUCAACCUCGCAAUCCGCCUCGCCCCCGCCUCAACCUUACUCCUAACCCCCCACUUCGCAAACUCGCUCUCCCUCGGCUUCUCCACCUUGCACCCCAGCUCCCUAAAAUACUGCUGGAUGGUCUGGUACUCGAGGCUCAGGUCAUCGCGCAGAUCCGCCGGGUCCGUGGCCAGUUCGUUGGGCGCAAACCCUGCUUCGGGCGGGAUGUGCAAGGAGAGCGCGCAGAUGGUUGUGUGGAGGAAGGUGAUGUCUGUUUUGGAGAGGAAGGUGCGUUGGGGGACGAAUUUGCGGCGGAGCGCGUCGAGGAAGGAGUCUGGGAGGUGGGUUUGUUUGUUUGUCACGGCGGCGGCGGUGGCGGCGGCGGAGGAGGAGGAAGAGGAGGAGGAAGAAAGUAUGCGCCGCAGAUCCUCGCGGGGCGGCAGUUUCUUGCUCCCCGCCGCUACCGCUGCCGACCCGGCCCCGCGACUCGGCUUCAGCGACCGCGACAGCUCGAUCAGGAUCAUGAUGUAGCGCAGCAAUUGCAGCUGCGUCACAUCGCCCGACCGCACGACGUGGUUGACCCGAUGCGCCACGAAGCGCGAGGAGGAAAGCACAGGCUCCCCCGCGCCAAUGGCGGCCUGCCACUCGUGGACGGGCAUGGUGCGCAGGGUCGAGAGGCCGUUGGGCACCAAGGUGUCGAUCGCGUAGACCUGCGACGGGUGCGUGGCGGAGAGGUUUGGUUGCGGGAGGGGUUUUGCGGCUUGGAUUUCGGACUGGGCGGACUUUUGUGGGGAGCCGGAGACGGAGGUAGAAGUAUGUUCCUUGGGGAUUGAGGAGAGGAGGGCGGAUUCUGCGGGGGUGGGGCCGGAGCCGGCGGGGGCGUUGGAGAGGAGGGCGUUCUCUGCGAUGGAUUGGAUGGCUUUGCGGGACUGUUUGGUGCCGAAGGCUUCGGUGAGGGCGGUGCGUUGGGCCCAGUUUGAUUUCUGCGGUUUUAGGGGAGUUAGUUAGUGGAUAGGGUUUUCUUUUUCUUUUUCUUUUCUUUUUUUCCUUCCCUUGCGGGAACGAAGCCAUCGUAACAAUACAUAUAUGCAUAUAUGUAUAAGGGGAGAUAUAUACCGUAACAACAUCCCCAUCACUCUCCCCAUCAUUAAUAGCCUUCCUAGCCACGCGCCUCACACACCCGCGCACCGUCAUCUUUCUAGCCUCCACGAGCUCCAGCUUGCCCGCGUCCGGGUCAUAGACUGCCACAUAGUGGUUCCAGAGAGUAUCCAGCUCAUUCUCGCCCUCUUUGCCAAGGAAGUCUAUCCUUGGGUGUGCGGAUGAUUGCAAGAGGAUUUCGGAAGUUGACAGGGUUGUGUUUGUAGUUGUCUUGUGCUUUUGUCGGUUUUGGCGCGGCCUUGAAUAUGCGGUUAGGGGGAUGGAGCUGGGGAUGCUGCUGAUACCCGGUGUAGAGGCUAUAUAUCAUUUUUGUUUGUUAGCCAUUUGUUUUUCCUUUCUCACUUUGCUGCUACUUUAUGUCUUUGCGAAGGGGAAUGCAUAUGCGUAGGAACAAGAGCACGGUAUGAAUCCUUUCAAGCGUCCUUCUAAGCAACGGGACUUGUCCUACUCCCCCAAGAAGCUGCGAGAGCUUGUAAACAAGAAAUAAAACAAAAAAUAAAGAAGAUGAAUACCUA